UCAUAGAAACCGGUAACCGCAAACAAACGCCUCCCCCACCGUCCCCCGUUCAGCCCUUCAACAAUCAAUCAAACACAGAGAAUCGCGCAUUAUCAAAUGAAUUGUUGCAUGUCGGGUGCCGCCGGUUCCCCCGUCAUUCCACAGAACACCAACCAGCAGAACAACAGGAUCGUGUGUCCGAUUUAUAUCCAUCAAAAAAUUCCGCGACCCCCCAAUGCUUUCAUGUUGUACGCCAACGAACAUCGAAAGGCGCUCGCGCACAUGUACCCCGCGGAUUCCAACAAGGAGAUCAGCCGACGAUUGGGCCAAACCUGGAAGGACCUGAGCGUACAGGAGAAGAACGACUACUUCCAGAGGGCCAAAGAUGUUGACCUGGAACACAAACGUAAGUACCCGGGGUACGUGUACAAUCCGAAGGAUGCGAGGCUGAGAAAAGCGAUUAAGAGCACCAUAAAGGACAGAUCCAUUGGGGCAUCUCCCAUGUUGCCACGCCCUUAUGUACGUAAUGGCCCAAUUGAUUUUUACCAGAAUAUUCUUAUGACUAAUCCGUUGGCGCAAGUUGAUAAACCGACGUUAUCUUGGACGGGAUUGAUGGACCUACCGGGUCAAAGUAGUGAAAACUCCUACUUUUCUGGACAGUUUCCUACUGGGGAUAAGCCCAGUACCGUUACCAAAACCGUGUAUGAAACGUCAAAUAGUUCUUCGUUAGGAUUACCAUUAAAUUUAGUGGAAAACUCUCAGGAGGUGGACAAGGAGAAAAGCAGCCUGGAAGUGGAGGAAGAACCGGGAUGCAACUACAUGCCCAUAUCCGGCACCAAGUUCAUUCAAGAUCCAGAUUUGUUCACCAACAACGAAGAGUACCAUAAGGAGUACAUUAUGAAGUACUUUAGUCAGAUUCCGGACUAUGAGACCUAUAACGUGACUACCGAAGACGGAAUCACUUUUCCGUACGUCACUUUGUCGACGUCGGUCCAUCUAAACCCCGCAAGAGGUUCCUAUAAUAUUAAUUAACUUAUAAUUAUUAUUUAAUAAAAUAUGUUUUAUGUACCAUAAAAAAUAA